UAUGAGAGAAGAUCAGUACCUGCAAUGCCAGCACUUCAAGACCAUUAAUCACAAUGGGAAAUCCGUUAACCAAUCCAUACCGAUAGUACUUGCUGUUGAUACUAAUCAAAAGGAGAAAUAUAAUAAUGCACCAGCACUGGGUUUAAAGUACCAAGGCCGAGUUGUAGCCAUUUUGAGGGAACCUGAAUUUUUCCCACACCGAAAAGAAGAAAGGUAA